AUGCAAGCCAUCUCGAAAGUUUCUUCUGCAGCCUCCUUCUUGCGAUGUUCAAGGAAGCUAACAAGUCAGCCAUAUGUGAGCCCCUGCGUGAGACAGCUUAACCUCAGAAAAGGCUAUGUAUGUGGAGUGAUGAAGUUGUUCUCCUCGCCUCUUAAGACUUUGUGCGGUGCUGGUAAAUCUGCUCCCGUGUCAAGAUUCUGCAGUGUCUCCAAUGUCUCUUCCUCGUUGCAAAUCGAACUGGUGAUCGGGUCAGCUGUAGAUAGGGAACGGAUUCCUGGAAUAGACAUAGCGCUGAAAGAUGGUGACAAAUGGGUGUUUGCUGGGCAUGAAGUCCAUGUUUUGGACACUCCUGGCCACACUAUAGGCCAUAUUAGUUUCUACUUUCCAGGGGCAAGAGCAAUUUUCACUGGGGACACAUUGUUUAGCUUAUCAUGUGGUAAGCUCUUCGAAGGUACUCCAGAGCAGAUGCUAGCUUCGCUUCAGAGGAUAGUAUCUUUGCCAGAUGACACAAGCGUAUACUGUGGCCAUGAAUAUACACUGAGUAAUUCCAAGUUUGCGUUAUCUAUAGAACCAACUAACGAGGUUCUCCAGUCUUACGCCGCCUACGUUGCAGAGCAACGUGACAAGAAGUUACCGACGAUUCCAACAACGAUGAAGAUGGAGAAAGCGUGUAACCCGUUCCUCCGCACUGGGAAUGCGGAUAUUCGUCGGGCUUUAGGUAUUGCAGAGGCUGCAGAUGAAGCAGAAGCCUUGGGCAUCAUAAGAAGAGCAAAGGACAAUUUCAAAGCUUAA